GGGGCUCUGCGGGCAGCGCUGCCGCUUCCUCGCCCUGUCGGUGCGGGCGGGCCCGUGACACGGCCCCGCGGCCGCGCGGGCUCUGCCGGGGCUCGGCUGGGAGGGACGGACGGACGGACGGACGGACAGGAGCUUUGCUGAGGGAUAAUGGAGCUGCCGGUACCCAAAGCUGCGUCUUCGCACAGCUUUGAGCGCGUGGGUUUCACCUCUGAUUCCUUGUGAAGCAGCAACUAGAAAUGAUCCUUUAGGAAAGGUGCUGUGCUUGUUAAAAACCAAGUGUUAACGGGCUGGAAGACAAGAUGCCUAUUUACACAGUUCCUGGCAGAAGCCCUGCUGGGACACGAUGCACUGCCACUUUGCAGAAGCCUUCCUCAAGUGAUACCUUUGCCAGCAGGAAAGCAUCUGGGCAGCAACUGAAGUCACGGAUGUUGGGAGAAGAAAAGAAUAGUCUCCUUCCAUGUUCUCAGAAUAAGGCUGAGGAAGUAAAUAGGACUUAUGUGAUUUCAGCUUGUGAAAAAGUGGGUGACGCAUCAACUACUUUUACAUCUGAAGGCAGGUUAACACUUCAGAGGAGAACUGGAGUAAGCAAAAAACCAGUGUCCAGUAGUGAACCAUUGCAUACAAAUGCAACACAGGGCAUGGAAGAGCUACAAACAGAGAAAAGACUUACUCUGCGGAGGCGUGUGAGGACUGGCUCCACUGGGAAGAGUAAUAUCAAUCAGAAUAUUGUGCCUAGAAAAGAAAACUUGCCAGCCGAUGCACAAAGAAAUUACAAGGUUACACCUCCACAGAAUAUUAAUGAUACUGAUGUUGUUAAACCAAACUUGAAGUUAGCUGAGGGUCAGUCCAGUACCAAAUUGCAGUGUAACUUGAAAAGCAAGGGUUCCUUGGGUUUUGUUGAUGGUGUCUGUAAAAAUGGUAUCUCCACGUCUUUAAAAGAUAAGACAGACACUGCUGAUACAAAAUUUCAAAAUGAAGUUCCUAAAUCAGAACAAUUAGUUACCUCAAAAUGUAUUAAUAGGCUAUCAGGAGAACUGAAUGAAAAAGGCAAUAUAAAUAAGCUAGCUGGAAAGCAAGGGGCACAGCACUUGAUGAUAAAACAUAACAGUUUGGAAAGACCAAGGACCCCAGCCAAAAGUUUAACAGAAGGAUUUAAGCUUACACCAAAGAACAGCACUUUUCAAGAUCAGCCAUAUCUCAAAUUGGCCUCAAAUGAACAAACACCUCAUCUUCAAAUUUUAGCCAAAAAGACCUGUAGUGUCUCCAGCUCUCUUCCUGGGAGCAGAAGUUCAGAAGCAGAAGUGAACACAGAAGCUUUAGAUGAGAGCAGUAGAACUGAGGGAGAUGCUUUCAAAGUGAAAAACAGCAAAGUGAUUGUGGCUGUGCGGGUCCGGCCCUUCAGUAACAGAGAGAAAACUGAAAACUCACUCCCUGUAAUCUGCAUGAGUGGUUCAGAGACAACUGUACAAAAUCCAUCCACAAACCAAGUUUACAGCUUCAGUUAUGACUUCUCCUUCUGGUCUUUUGACAAGUGUUGUCCUAAUUUUGCAAGCCAAGCAGUUAUUUAUCAAGCUUUAGCAGUGCCACUCCUUGAAAGAGCUUUUGAGGGAUACAACGCUUGUCUUUUUGCUUAUGGGCAGACUGGUUCUGGAAAAUCAUACACGAUGAUGGGAUUUGAUGAAGACCGAGGAAUAAUUCCAAGACUUUGUGAAGAUCUUUUCAAUCAAAUAGCACAAAUGGACAAGGAACAGAUUUUGUAUCAUCUUGAAAUGAGCUUCUUUGAAAUAUACAACGAGAAAAUCCAUGAUUUGCUUGUCUUUAAAGCUGAAAAUGGGCAGAAAAAACAACUUCGUGUAAGAGAACAUCCAGUGUUAGGACCAUAUGUGGAAGGCCUGACAGUGAAUGUUGUUCGUUCUUACUCUGAUAUUCAGAGUUGGCUUGAACUAGGAAAUAAGCAGAGAGCAACGGCUGCUACAGUAAUGAAUGACAAGAGCUCUAGAUCUCAUUCUGUCUUCACCCUUGUCAUGACGCAAACCAAGGUAGAAUUUGUGAAUGAAGAACAGUGUGAUCGUAGGCUUACCAGUCACAUCAAUCUAAUUGAUCUCGCUGGCAGUGAGUGCUGUGCGAAAGCUCAGACCACUGGAGAGAGGCUGAAGGAAGGUGUGAGUAUCAAUAAGUCGUUGUUAACCCUUGGAAGGGUUAUUUCUGCACUCUCUAAACAAUUUCAAAAUGGAAAGAAAACUUUCAUUCCUUACCGGGAAUCUGUCCUUACUUGGUUGUUGAAGGAAAGUCUUGGUGGGAAUUCCCAAACGACGAUGAUUGCUACAGUGAGUCCAGCUGCCAGCAGUAUGGAGGAAACGCUCAGCACCCUCCGCUAUGCAAAGCAGGCUUGUUCAAUUAUCAACAUUGCUAAAGUAAAUGAAGAUGUAAAUGUGAAGCUAAUCAGAGAAUUGAAAGCUGAAAUUGAGAGGAUGAAGGCAGCUCAGAAAAGUGCUCUAAACACUGAUCGUGAAAAAUACAGGCGUUAUUUGCAGGAAAUAACAUCUUUGAGGGUAGAAUUGCACCAGCAGGAGAGGAACAUGGCAGAAAUGCAAAGGGCCUGGAAAGAAAAAUUUGAACAAGCAGAAAAAAGGAAACUGGAAGAUAUAGAGGAACUGCAGAAAGCUGGAAUUGCAUUCAAAAUGGACAAUCAUUUACCAAACCUUGUCAAUCUCAAUGAAGAUCCUCAACUUUCUGAGGUGCUGUUGUAUAUGAUCAAAGAAGGAGAAACUACAGUUGGAAGGUGUACACCAAAUUCAAGACACGAUAUCCAGCUUUCUGGAGUGCUGAUUGCUGAUGACCAUUGUGUUAUAAAAAAUGCUGUUGGCCAAGUAAGUAUUAUUCCACUGAGAGAAGCAAAGACAUAUGUAAAUGGGAAAUGCAUUUUGAACCCAACAGUUCUGCAUCAUGGUGAUCGAGUGAUCCUUGGAGGAGACCAUUAUUUCAGGUUUAAUCAUCCAGCAGAGGUUCAGAAAGUUAAAACACCUUCUUGUGGGACUACAUGUUUGCAUGAUGGUCCAAAAGAUUUUGAAUUUGCAAAGAAUGAGCUGCUUAUUGCACAGAGAACACAUCUUGAAUCAGAAAUUGAAGAGGCACGGCUCAAAGCCAAGGAAGAAAUGAUGCAAAGUGUCCAAAUUGCAAAAGAGAUGGUUCAACAAGAGCUGACCUCACAAAAAGAAGCUUAUGAAAGCAAAAUAAAAUCACUGGAAGCAGAGGUGAGAGAAGAAUCUCGUAAGAAGCAAAUCCAAGAAAUGAAUAACCAAAAAGCUGCAACUAAAAUACAGGAGCUAGAGAAGGCAAAGCAAAACCUUGAGCUAGAACUACAAUUCAAUAAGAAACGUUUAGAAAUGGAGACCUUGGCUACCAAGCAGGCUCUAGAAGACCAUACUAUUCGUCAUGCAAAGAUACUGGAGGCUCUGGAAGCUGAGAAGCAGAAGAUUGCUGAAGAAAUACACACCCUUCAGAAGAACCGUGGGAGUGGGAAUAGAACAAUGACAAGUCCACUUAACUGGAAGUCUCUGAAGCUGUCAGUGAUGGUCAAAGAGGCCAACACCAUUAGUAAUGCAUUAGGGAAAAACACUGUUUUCUGCAGGCAUGACAAAAUUGAUGAUAAAACAGGAGCAGUGUCUUCUGUUCAGGUGCAGGUUCGUAACAUCAAGCUGGGAAUAACAACUUUUUGGAGUCUAGAGAAAUUUGAAUGCAAACUAGCAGCAAUGAAAGAACUGUAUGAGAGUAAUGAUAGAAAUAAAGCUGCUGAUGUGUUUUAUGAUCCUGCUGAUGAGUGGGAACCUGACCUUUCAGACACCUCAGUUUCCUCUCUUUCCAGAAGAAGAAGUAGAAGUUUCAUGAAGAACAAGAGAAUUUCUGGAUGUUUGUCGGAGAUAAAAUUGCAACCCAUUCAGAAUAUACAGACUUCCUAUAUAUCAGGUUCACAGAACAAGUCCAGCAUAUGCCCAAGCUUAUCUGAAUCGUUUCUUCCUGGAAUUUGCAAGGAAUCUAUAAGUGCAGCUUUAGAUUUACUGGAACAGAAUCCUGAAGCGGGAAAAAGCAUAGCAGACAGUCUCCUAACUAACUUGUUUAUAAUUUUUUCUGGAGUGUCUGCCAUUUCAAAAGCCUAUGAGCAGCAAGAUGAAGAAUGUCAAGAAAACUUUUUCAAUCUUGAUCCUGCUGCUCAGUCCUACAGCAUCAGAAUUAUCUCUGCUUUUGACCAGAUUGUGGUUCUAAGCAAGCUCUGGCUUAACAAUGUCCAAAAGUGUCCUGGAUCUAUAAAAGUUGAUGAAGAAAUGAAACGGGAAAUAAAGAACUUGGGAGGUUAUUUACAGUUACUGUUGCAGGGAUGUUCUUCAGAUAUAUCCUCAAUGGUAACAGAAGCAUGGAGCAAAGUAAACCAAACAGUAAAACAAACAGUGAAAUACAUUGGACACUUGGCAGUAGUCACAACAGUUGAUAUUUCAUUUCCUGAAGAGAACAAUAUUCCUGCAUCUAGUCUACGGGAAUUUGUACUUGCCAUUUAUGAUGGAGUAGGCUUGGGUCUGGAAUUUCUCAUUGAUGCUGUACAGGAGAAAGCAAGAAUGGUACAGAAAAAACUUCUGAAACAAUGUCCACAAAAUGAGAUUCAGAAUCGAAUAAAGGAUAACGUUGUGGCGUUAGCCAGAUUCCUUGAAAAUAACAUCUCUUACUGCAGAAAGAAAGAAAUAGAAUCUCAGUUACCAGGAGAAGAAUCUCUGUAUCGAGAAAUAAAGAAAAGCACUAAGAUUGCUGUGAAAUAUUUGGAAUUGGAGCAGUGCCUAACUGAAGUCUGUCGAAUUGUUUCUUCGAUGUUACAAGGGUUGUACAGAAACACAAGCCCCCUCAGGAGCUUUGCAGAAAAUAUUUCUGUCAUAGGUGGAUAUUUUAACAACUAUUUCAGUUUAUUUGCCUUGUCUUCUGCAAACAACCCUAUCCAGAAGAUACCCCAACCUUUUAUGGACUUGGAUGAACUGGACUCUCUGGUUGAUUCCCUUAUUAUGAAUUUUGAACUUGAACAAGGACAGCCAUCACUGCAAUCUCAAACUGUUUGUAGUGAAACUACUGAGACUCAAGGAGGACAGGUUGAAACAGGUGAAGUUGAAUUUGCUUGGAAAUGGAAUGGGACUCGAGAACACACAGAAACCUCAGAGCUUUCACCUGGUAGGAUAGAGUGGGUAUAAAACGUUAUCGACAAAUGAAAGGAAACUCUUUGCUAUUGCAUGAAGGCAAAGUAACAUAUGCCACAAUAAUAUUACUAAUAUUAGUGAGUGAGUGAUGUGAAAGUAAGUGACAUGUUUGUGUGAGGAUAAGUACCCUACAUUUCACCAAAAAAAAUUCCUUAAGUGGCUGCCAGACUUGAAAGUACAAUUCGUUUUGUUUUAAUAAAUGUCUAUUAUUACCUAAGUUUAUAGGAAAUAAUUUAAUGCAGUAAGUAAAAAAUCAGUUGGAGAUGUUAUGAACAGGUAGACUAAAACUCCUGGGGAACAACUGGGAAAUACAGUAAAGGCUUGGCGGGACAUUCACAUCUCUUCAUCACAAGCCAUGAUUUAGGACUGUGUGGGAGGUUCCUUUGAAAGGCAUUCAUAACACAUGUUAUGUUGCAUACAGUUAGGUAAGAAGACUGCCUUCCUAAUUUGGACACUUGAAAGGUAAAUGUGGGAACCAAUUUUCUUUUUUUUUUUGAGUUGUUGCUUCACUUCUGCUGCAUUAUGAUCUAGUAGUGUUACUGCAAACUUCAAGUGGGUUUUUUAUACCUUUUUUUAAACAGAGCAAAACCUUUGUAUUUGUUUCUGUAGAGAAAAACUGAGAGAUAGUAAGAGUACUUUACCAACCCUAUUUGAUAAAUGCUUUUUUAAGUGGUUUUGUAGAUCAUUGAGAAAUCUGAGCUUAAAGUGCAUCAGUGAUGCUGCUCUUCAACGUGAUGUGAAGUAAGUUCACACUGGGUUUGUUGCUAGUCAGAUAUCUUUUGAUUGCUCAAAUGAUUUUCAGUACUAUUCAUAUUGGAAUAGAAACAUAUCUCUAAAUAUGUGUUAACCCAUGAGGCUGUAGAGAAUUUUCCCAGUCAACUACUUCCUUAUGCUUUUUAUUGUAGUCAUUGUUUAACGCUUUAAUGUUAGUCUGUUGGCUGAAGCCAGUGCAAGUUGACAGGAAGGAUGGAAAUUAAUUUGAAUUUUUAUUCUUUAAAACUGGGUUUUAGGAGGCCUGGAGUGAGCACAAUUUACUGACAAUAGAGCAGUGAAGUUUGUAAGCUAAAACCAAAGAUUUUUCCUGUACAUCGAAGUUUCUAUCAUGGUUUAACCCCAACUGGAAACUAAGCACGACACAGCUGCUCCCUCACUGCCCCACCAGUGAGGGAGAAUCAGAAGGGUAAAAGUGAGAAAACUCCUGGGUUUGAGAUAAAGACAGUUUAAUAGGGAAAGCAAAAGCCACAUGCAAGCGAAGCAAAAGAAGAAAUUCUGUUUCCCAUGGUCUUCACCAGGGGCUGCAGGGGAAUCUCUGCUCCAAUAGCUGGAAUACCUGCUCCUCUACUCCAGCAUGGGGUUGUGGGUCCUUCCCACAGGCUGCAAUUCUUCAUUAAUUGCUUCAGUGUGGGUCCCUUCCACAGGGUGAGGUCCCACAGGAACAGGCUGCUCCAGCGGGGCUCCCGCAUGGGGUCACAAGUCCUGCCAGCAAACCUGUUCCAGCGUGGGCUUCUCUCCCCAUGGCUCCACAGGUCCUGCCAGGACCCUGCUCCAGUGUGGGCUUCCCACAGGGUCACAGCCUCCUUCGAGCAUUCACCUGCUCCUUUGGGUAUGGAUCCUCCAGGGGCUGCAGGUGGAUAUCCCUAUGGACUCAUCCACAGGUCCUAGUCUCCUUGACUUGUGUUCACACUGGACUUCCAGCGUGGCCAGUGCAGCAGCACAAACAGCAGCCAUGCCCCAGCCAUCUGCUAGUCCCUGUGCAUCACCACUGCUGAUAUCAGAAUGUUCCCAGGAGGAGCAGAGCAAGGUGAUCAGCAGCACAACAAGCAGUGAAAGCAAAAAGCAGCCACUAAUGAGCUCAGAUUCUCAUACAGUUGAGCCCAGUUUGCCCAAAGCAGCAAAACAGCAAUAAGGGCUAUAAAUUCCAUCUAACAUAUUCCAAUCAAAUCUGUCCUUAUCUCAAACCUUCUGAGCUCCAUGUUGGGCACCAAAACAAACUGUCAUGGUUUAACCCCAGCUGGCAGCUCAGCCCCACACAGCCACUCACUUAGUCCCACCCAAUGGGGUCAGGGAGAGAAAUGAAAGGGUAAAAGUGAGAAAACUCCGCCUGAGUUGAGAUAAAGACAGUUUAAUAGGGAAAGCAAAAGCUGUGCACAUGAGUAAAGCAAAAGAAGAAAUCAAUUCACUGCUUCCCCUGGGCAGGCAGGUGUUUAGCCAUCCCCAGGAAAGCAGAGCCUCCAUCAUUCCUACUUGGGUAGACAAAUGUCAUCACUCUGAAUGUCCUCCCUUUCCUCCUUCCUCUCUUUCUAUAUACUGAGCAUUAUGUCAAAUGGUAUGGAAUAUUCCUUUGGUCAGUUGGGGUCACCUGUCCUGGCUGUGUCUCCUCCCAACUUCUCAAACACCCCCAGCCCCCUUGCCAACAUGGCAGUAUGAGGAAAGGCCUUGGCUCUGUGUUGGUGCUGCUCAGCAAUAACAAAACCAUCUAUUUUUUAUUAUUGUGUUCAGCACAAAUCCAAACCAUAGUUCCAUACUAGCUAUAGUGAAAAAAAUGACCUCAGCCAAACCCAGCACACCUUACAAACCAGAUAUUCACAGCUGUCACCUUUCCUUCUGAGGGAAGGUGUUCAGCAUUUUGGGAAUUUCAGUCUCUGAGAACGUGUUAGGUUCUUAGAACUAUUCUUUGUAAAAAGACUGCAGUAGAGUCAGCCAUCAUUUUCUUUUGAAAACUUUCAUACUGUAAAUAUAAUUGAUGCUGUUAUUCAGGGAUUUUGCACUUUCCUAAUUUAGAGGAAAUGAGGAGGGUAAUUAUGCUGAUCCGGUAACCCACGUGUAUUUCUUAAAGACUAGUAUACCAUUGUACUUAGUCAAAAAAUGUCUAGUGGCACAGUGCUGCCAUCAAAAAUAUUCACCAAUUUUUGUAUCAGCUAAUAAUUUUCUUCUGACAUGAGGUGUGAUGCUUAACUGCUUUGUUACUGUAAAAGCUUUUGCAAGUCUGCUCCAGGGUUAAAGUAUAUUUAUUUAGUUGUUCAGCUUUUUGUGCUGUAAAAAUGAAAAGAAACCUGAUAUAUUUGUACUUGUGUAAAUGUAUUACUUUAUAUUCAGCUGACGUUCUAAGAACGUAACUGGUCCUUCUGAAUUGUGUAUCUAAGCAUGGAAAUUGUAAAGAGUAAAACUACAUCAUGUAACUGAACACCAAUAUUUAUUUAUUUUUUUAUGACUUCAAAUGUAAAUUCAUUGUUGAUUUUUCAUCUGGGUACAGUUGAUUUUGAGACCUU